ACUAUUUAUAUAUGAGAAUAUGUAUGCGAUGGCAUUUUUGAGGACGGCCCUCGAAAGUCCCAGUGAGUUUGUUUUUGAGAAGGAAGAUUUCGAUGGUGAUGAUAUGCUGGGUGUUGAUGAUCUUCGCCAAGUUAUCGAUCGUUUAACUGCACCUCAAAGACUGAGUGAGACUGAUAUGCAGCGUCUGCUACAGUGCCUUCUAGAAGAAGCUGAUCUCGAUGAUGAUGGUGCCCUCAGCUUCGCAGAAUUUGAACACAUAAUUGAGAAGAGCAGCGACUUUUCAGGGACUUUUCGACUUCGUUUGUGAGAUUCAGAGUAAUCAGAAUUUCUUAGGAAUUGCAAAGCUGGUCAGAUUGUAAAAUGUAAUCUUCAGACCUCAACAUACAAAAAAAUAAGCAAAAUAUAAAUAAUUGAAGGCUGAAGAGGAGACUCCCAUACUAGAGGCCUGAUACAUGGUAUAUUGUGAAGGUACAUAAAGAAUAUGGAUGCUUACGCGACAUGUUAUAAUUGAAUUAUAAGUUUAUCUCCCAGCAUUCAUGUAUUUUCAGAAGAUUUUUUCCGGUCGGUCAAUACGAUAAAUUAUUGUCAGAUAUAGUUAAAUAUAUCAUUCUAAAACAGAAGUCGCACUAUAAAAAAAAGUUCGGUGUUAUGCACCUUGAGGAUAUAUUCAGCACGAAUUCUAAAUCAUGUAACUGAAAACAGGAUCGACCAACCAACCGUAAAAUCAACUUUGACUGAAUAUGAUUACUAACUACCAACUUCACAUUAAUGAGAAAGCGAAAUAACUGAUCUCAUUUUCUAAUUCAUUAGUAUUAAUCUGUAAGCCAAUCUGAAUAUUAACAAUGAUGAUCCGUGACUUGAAAGCGUUGAUUAUUUCGUACUGCUGUUCAGGAUUUCUCAUUGGGAAAUUGGUAUACUUUCCGCACUCAAGAACUUACAAAUUCGUACGGAAAAAUAUUGUCCGGGCAAAUAUACAUAGUAUAUUUCCGAGCUAUUUGGAUGGAGUUUUUUCGACGUGUAAUUCGGCAAUUUCCGCGUCCGUGUUCAACGACAAUUCUACAGGAGUAGAAAAUCCCAUCCCAAAAGCUCGAAUAUAGACUGUUACGUAUUUACUCUUUUGUCACAUUCUGCUAAAUUCAUGGGCGAUCAUUAUUCUCUAAAUCGUCAGUUAUAUAUUUUGUUUCUUAGUCUAUAACCAUAUUCCAUUUUAUGUUCUUUUUUUAAUAAACUUAUUAUUUCUACUAUUUAAUACGUCUUCCGUUUUCAUGGGAGUCACAGGUGCGAUAAUUUAUUCAUUUUCUGAACUUGCGACUGUUCCCCCAGAAUACACCAAAAGUAUGAUUAGGUCAUAACACAUGGGGCCUAACAUCAUAAUUUACGCUAUUUACGUCAUUGAUGAGAACUCAAUCUGGUAAAAGCCCAGAUGAACAUCGUAAAUACAAGGAGAGAUUUUGUUUUAACAACGUUUUGAGCGACAUCAAAUCUGUAAAUUUAAGGUAUUCUGAUGCUUCUGAAAACGAUUUUUAGUUUCCUUUUUUUCUAAAUUUUCCAAAACGAAUUUUGAAACGUCGAGAAAUGUUGAAAGUUCAAAGAAAUAAUUAGCAAAUUACCUAAAAACAUAAUAAAUAAUUAGCCACCUUCCGUAUUUUCUAUGAAGUUUCCCAAAUUUUAAAGAAUUACGGAAUUUUCAACAUUCUUUUGUAAAAUUAAAAAAAAUGUGUAUAGAAGUCCAAAAAUUUGAUGUGGCCUAAAAAAAUUGACUCGCAUGUUAAGGUCUAAAACUCAUAAUUUAGCAGGUUGAAAGUUCUAACCUUUUAGCAACUCGUAAUAUACGAGAUCAAAAAUAUCGUAAAGUACGUUUUAAAUCUCGUAUUUUACGGCGUGUUCUGUGUGUGAAAAUUAAAAGAUUAAGUGGAACUUAAUGAAUGAAUGUGUAGCAUGUAAUGUAGGAUGAUCUGAUUUCCAAGGUUAGAAUGAGAGGAAACUAUUUCCUUUCGUUUUCAAGGUUAGAAUGAGAGGGAACUAUUUCUGUAUCGCAUGGUUUUUCAGUCGCAUGCAAAUAACGUCAGCGUUAACGAUAAAUAAUUACCAAAUAGAGGGGAUAAGAUACUAUAUUCAUAAAACAUGAAAGCUGUCAAAAACAAAACAAAACACUGUCAUAAAUAGUUAAUAAAUAUAAUAGACAUGUCAGUCAUAGAAUUGUAGGGAGACAUAGUACGAAUCUCACUUUUUUUCCUCCAGCAAAAAAAAAACAAUAACUGGAAAUUUCUGAAUUAUAAUUCUCCACUGACACAGUGUAAUUUUGUGCCCGAUCUGGUAUGCUGAAAUGAUUUGAGUAAUUAUGAAGAGCAAAAAA